AUGCUUCCAGACCCGCUUGAAUCAAAAGAAAUUUUGCAACAAUUUGAACAGCAAAGACAACAAAUUCAAGAAGCAUUAAAUAAACAAACAUAUCAUCAAUUUUUGGCGUAUGCACAACAAACACAUCCUGGAGAACCUGAAAAGCAAGAACAUUUAAUUUCUCAACUACAAGAACAACACUAUCAACAAUACAUGUCUCAAGUUUAUGCCCAAGCUCAAGCAGCUUCACAAGCUACUUCAAAUGGAGGUUUAAAUUCAAAUUUUGUUUCGGAUUUGGAAGCUGCCCUUCCUUCUAAAACAACUGGAAAAGCAGCGAAAAAUUCGCCUAAACCAAAAAUUAAGAGUGUUAAUGAAGUUGGAGAAGGAGAAGGUAGAGGAGGAGGUGAUUCUGAAGUGAGUGAUGAAGACGACGAGGAGGAAGAGGAUGAAGAAGACUUCACUAAUGGAGAAAUGCCUGCAAAUCCAAUAGUCGCCCCAGCCUCGGUUUGGACAAACAAAAAUUUGGCAGAAUUUAAGGAAGCUAUUAAAAAAGAAGGGCCUGAAGGAAUUUUAAAAAUAGGACAUGGAGAAACUGUUACAGUUCGUGUGCCAACACAUCCUGAAGGAAAUUCGUUGUUCUGGGAGUUUUGUACAGAUUAUUAUGACAUUGGAUUUGGCGUUUAUUUUGAAUGGACGGUUGCUGAAACUAAUCAAGUAACAGUCCAUGUUGAUGAAAGUGGAGAUGAAUAUGAAGAGGAUGAAGCUGAGGCUAGUGGUGGUGAUGUUGAAAAGAAAGGAGGAGGUGAUGUUGAAGCUGAGGCGGCUAAAAAAGCUGUGGAUCCGAAUAAGCCUAGAAUUGAUGAAAUUAUUCCGACUUUUCGUAAAGACAGUCAUCAAGAAGUCUUUUUUGGUUCUCAUUUUUAUCCUGGACGAGGAAUUUAUUUGUUAAAGUUUGAUAAUUCUUAUUCUCUUUGGCGGUCGAAAACGUUUGAUUUUUAUUUCUUUUUUGACUAA